AUGCACAACCGGGACCGAGGCGCCUCUCCGGGAGCGGCCCCGGGCUCGGAACCCCGGACGCUGGGACAGGCCGCCCGCCGCCCGCCCCCGCCGCGCGCGGGCCUCGUCGUCCCCCGCGGGAACCGCCCGCCAGCGCGGGGACCCCGCAGCGGCGCCGCCCCGAGGCCGAUGCCCACCCGGGGGCCCCCCAAAACCCGUGGCUCCCGGGGGGUCCCCCAGCCCCGCCCGCCCGGCCCUGGGCCUCCGCGACAGGUGCCUCGAGGCCUCGAAACCAGCUCACCCCGCCUUCCGGGCCAGCCCCAGCCCCAACCCAGAGCCCACAGGUCGAGAUCCAAGAAGAUUGUGUUUGAGGAUGAGCUGCCCCCGCAGUCCCUCCAGGGCACCAGGAAGCCCAAUGGAGCCGUCCCGGGGGGGCAUAUACCCCACCGGGUGCCUGACUAUGAACUUAAGUACCCACCAGUGAGCAGCAAGAGGGAACGGAGCUGCUAUGUGGCCGUGUUCCAGGACCAGUACGCAGAGUUCUUGGAGCUGCAGCAGGCGGUGGGCUCGGCCCGGGCAAAGCUGGGGCAGUUGGAGGCCCUGCUGAGCUCACUGCCCCCACCCCGAAGCCAGAGAGAAGCCCACAUCGCUGCCCGUGUCUGGAGGGAGUUUAAGAAGAAGCAGACGGACCCCAGCUUCUUGGACAAGCAGACCCGCUACCACUACCUGAAAGGUAAACUGAGGCACCUCAAGAGGCAGAUCCAGAAAUUCGACGACCAAGGGGACAGCGAGGGCUCCGUGUACUUCUGAGUGCAGAGGGACAUGCCAGGGUGGGGGUUUGCUUUGCCGUUUCUGCCCAGCCCCUCUGCCUAGUUUGGCUUCCCCAAAUGGCAAAGGCUUCCUCCUUGGAGCCUCAGCCUUCCAGAACAUUCUCUGGGAUCCCCAAUCUUGACCCUGUGAGGACUCCUGAACUCAGCCCACCUCCUGGAAGCAGGUCUUGUUCCACUGGAAUAAACAUGUUAAGAGUUUUA